AUGCCUGUCAUCUCACGCUUGUUGUCUAUUCCACUGCGUAUUGCCGAGAUCGCCUUUGCAGCCGUUGUGGCUGGUAUUAUUGGCCAUUAUCUUGCUUCUUUUGACUCGAUUGAUCCUUGGCCCCAGGCCCGAUGGAUCUAUACUGAAGUCAUCAGUGGGCUGUCUAUACUACUGGGAUUGAUUUGGUUGAUCCCCUUCUCUUCAGGAUUCUUCGCUUGGCCUUUCGAUGUUCUUAUUUCGUUUGCCUGGUUCGCGGCAUUCGGUAUCUUGGUCGACGCCAUCAAGCAGUUGCCCUGUGGUAGUAUCUGGUCGUGGAGCUUCCGUGGCGAUGCGGUAUGUGCUCGCUGGAAAGCUGCUGAGGCCUUUAGCUUCCUGUCUGCUAUUGUUUGGCUAGUCUCUGCUCUUAUAGGCAUCUGGUUUACCUUCCGCAAGCGCGACAGUGCUGCCGCAACCACCACUCCCCGUCGUCGUUGGGGCGGCGCCCGGAAGACCGAGGCCGUCGCAGCAGUAUAG